UUCAGGAGCCGCGUGACAGCGGCGUCUGAUCCCGAGGAGAUGAACGAGUCGGACUGAGUGACUUGACGGUGAGGUGUUUUUAGCGGCGGAGAUGUCUCUGUCGUUCACACAGAGCCCAGAUACGACCAGCCGGCGGAGGAGACCGACUGAACACGCGCACGAUUCUUCAAAUGAUCAGGAUUCUCAAGCAAGUAACAGUCAUGAAGAGGUCUAUGACUGUGUGCAUAGCACUGAGCAACUUAAUGCAACACAUACAUGCACUUCAGCUUCACACCACUCCUUAUAUCCUGCAGCAAAGUACACAUCUGCACAUGCAUUUUCAGGUGCGAGCCAUCAUACCUGUGAAGAUAGCUGGGAGGAAAUCCAAAGCAAAAGAACCAUCAGAGCCGAGAAUGAGGUGGAGGCUAAUAAACUGGUCAACAACUACAGGUUUGGGUUCAGAAAAUGGAAGAGCCACGUGACGGAGCGACCGUUUGAAGACAGGUCUGAUGUUGUGAAAGAGCUUUACUCUGAGCUAAAUGUCAUUAAACCGCACUCAGGUCAGUUUAUCACAUGUGGAAAUGUAGCGUAUGUGCUUCUCUUUGGUUGGUGGGUGUCUCUGGCAUAUUUCCUGGUUGGCACUUUCAUGUUCAUCACUAUAGUUGGGGUACCUUAUGGCAAGUUUUGCUGGAAGUUGUGCUGCUACUUCCUGUGGCCAUUUGGCAACACAAUCCAUGAGAUAGGAAAUACUUUGAGAAGAUGUUGUGAGCAAGCACCAGACUGUGAGUGCAGCAUAGAAACGGAGGAGGACAACUCUCCAGUCCUGCUGCCUUCACCCACAGAGGUGCCAGUUAUAGAAGUGCCAGGACGACCACCCCGCACUCCCUACUGGCAUCGCCUCUCCACCUACGUAUGGCUGUUGCUAGGAUAUCCUCCCUUGGUGAUCAUUCACUCUCUUGCCUGCUUUAUCUCCUGGAUCUUGGUAUUCACCAUCCCAGUCUCCAAGAUGAAUGCACAGACUCUGGGUGUCAUUCUCCUCCUGGCCCCUGAGAAUGUCUCCAUUUCCACCAGCUCAAAGAGGAAGCAUCCAGGCUAUGAGACCAGAGCGCUGCUGUGCUGCUACCACGCUGCCAACUGGUACUACUACAAAUACACUGUUGAUGGGAUCAAUGUGUUUGCUGUCAACCUCCUCCCUCUGGUAAUAGUUGCUCUGGUAAUUGGAUAUGUCGACAAAGAGAACCAGUAUGCCAGCUCUGAUGUCAAGUUUGCCAUAGCAAUCAGCUCCAUCAUACCGCUUUCAUAUUAUAUUGGUAUGGGCGUUGCCAGCAUAUCUGCCCAGAGUAAUUUUGCAGUUGGUGCAGUGGUCAACGCCACCUUCGGCUCUAUCACAGAACUGACCUUUUACAUCACAGCAUUGCUCAGAAGCCACCAGACAGCCAACUCAUGUCUGCAGGAAGUUGUCAAGGCAGCGCUGACUGGAACGCUGCUCGGAUGCAUUCUCUUCAUCCCUGGCAUCUGUAUGAUAAUUGGAGGCCUGAGACACAGAGAGCAAAGAUUCAACAGUCGAUCUGCAGGAGUGAGCUCUGCAUUGCUUUUCAUCUCUGUAGGAGGUGUGUUUGCCCCCACUCUUUUCUCCAAGGCUUAUGGAAACCUGGUGUGUGAUGCCUGCACCAACUCCACAGGAGGAAACGGCACGGCCAACAGCAGCGGACCUUUUGUGUGCCACAACUGCCAUUAUGAUCUGCAGAGCAAUGGAACACUCUUCAAAAACCACGUUGAGCCACUGGUGUACUCAGUGUCCAUCCUCCUACCUGUUGCCUACAUCAUUGGUCUGAUAUUUACACUGAAGACACACUCCCACAUUUAUGACAUCCAUGUUGGAGGACAGGAGUCAAGCCAGCAGGAACCAGUGGUCCACUGGUCGCGGUGGAGGUCUCUGCUCAUCCUCAUUGUGGCCACCAUGCUCACAUCUGCAUGUGCUGAUCUCGCCACCGAGCACAUCCAGCCCAUUCUCAACCAGCCCAACGUCUCUCAGUACUUCAUUGGGGUGACUGUUCUUGCGAUGGUCCCCGAGAUCCCAGAGAUUGUUAAUGGGAUCCAGUUUGCACUCCAGAACAACAUUAGUCUCAGCUUGGAGGUUGGAAGUUGUAUCGCUGUGCAGGUGUGCAUGCUACAGAUUCCAAUACUGGUUCUAUUUAAUGCCUUCUAUGAUGUGGGAUUUGUGCUGUUGUUUAGUGACCAGCAUAUGUGGGCUAGCAUCUUCAGUGUGGUUCUGGUCAACUACAUUUUCAUGGAUGGCAAGUCUGAUUAUUUUCAGGGUACAGCACUGGUGAUCAUCUACCUUAUCCUUCUGGCUCUGUAUUACUUUGCUCCUUCUCCAGCUGGCUGUUGAGAAGAGGACUAACAUUCAGCCCAAGUUACGUUUAAGCCUGGACGACAUCCAACCUCAGCCAUAGUCCACGCUGAUUUUGGUAGAAUUUCUGAUUACUAAUAUGGGAAUCCCAUAAAGAAACUUGUUAGGAUUGUUGUUUUCUAAAUUUAAAUAACCCAAAAACAUGAAAACUAAAAACUUUUAUCUCAGGUAGGUGCUUCUGACUACUGUGGUGAAGAUGCACAAUGUAUAGGCUAGCAUACUUAAGUCUCUUAUCUUUGUAAACUGUGAAGCAGAGGAAAAGCGAUAUUUUUACAAUAAAAUGGACAUUAUGCAUUAUACAUCUGCACUGAUGAUAUUUUCAGGUAAUAUUGUGAUAAAGUUUGGAUAAUGGUACUUGUCUGUGAUAAGUGACUUGCACACUAUAGCUGGAAACAUUGCAGGAUUAGCUAUGAUUGAGAAUCAAACAAACAUCUCAAUACAAGAUUUUGAAA